GAUCCCAAUCGUGUCAAGAUUACCACGAUGCCAGUGAGCGGCCGUGCUGCGGAAGAUAUUGUACAGGAACUCCAGCACUUCGCCGAGAAGGAAGACAAGAUGUGGCAACUUGGCAAAGUGAGUGGCACAGUCUAUUCCAAUAGCGACGAGCACACAUCGUUGAUGAAUCGUGUAUACGCUGCAUACUCCUGGAGUAAUCCGUUACAUCCAGGAAUAUGGCCUAAACUGAAUCAGUGCGAAGGCGAAGUAAUUGCCAUGACGGCCGACAUGUUACACGCGCCGCCAAUUGGAUCGAUGACAUCGGGUGGCACUGAAAGUAUCAUUCUAGCCAUCCGAGCGCACUGGAAUGUAUACGGAAAGCGGCGGGGUAUCAGGCAUCCGGAGCUAGUUUGUGGAACCACUGCUCAUGCGGCUGUCUACAAAGCGUGCGACAUGUUUGGCAUUCGCGUGGUGAGUAUAGAUUGCAAUCACCGACACGAUUCCUUCCAAUUGAACCCAGAUCGCGUUUCCAAAGGUAUCACUUCCAAUACCAUUAUGAUAUAUGCCUCCGCUCCGUCCUAUCCUCAGGGCGUUGUGGAUCCCAUUGAAGCCUUGUCCAAAAUUGCUUUGCGGUACAAAGUCGGCCUGCACGUGGAUGCUUGUCUAGGUGGAUUUGUUUUACCAUUUGUCGAUGAUGCACCCGUCUUUGAUUUUCGAAAUCCCGGUGUCACUAGUAUGAGUGCAGAUACCCACAAGUAUGGAUAUGCUAGCAAGGGCACAAGUAUCGUUCUAUAUCGCGACAACACGCUUAGACAUGGGCAGUACUUUUCCUAUUCGUGGUGGACUGGUGGCUUGUAUUCAACGCCAACCAUUGCUGGAUCUCGACCGGGAGCGUUGUCGGCCUGUGCUUGGGCUGCUCUUGUUUCCCUUGGAAAAGACGGGUACAGGGAACGCUCUCACUUGAUUGUCAACGCGGCCCGGGCAAUUGCCGAUGGAAUUCAAUUAGUGCGUGGUGUAAAAUUGCUCACGCCCAAGCCGUUUAUGGUCGUCUCUUUUACUUCUAAUGAGAUGGACAUUUACAGGAUUCAAGACUACAUGACCAAAGCAGGCUGGAAUUUGAAUGCCCUUCAGUCACCUGCAAGCGUUCACAUCUGCGUUACAUUGAAUGUGGUGCCAAAAGUGGACAGCUUUUUGCGAGAUCUCAAAAUGUCGAUUAAUCAAGUUCGAAAUGAAGGGAAAGGAGGACGAAAGAAAGGCACGGCAGGUGUGUAUGGUACGGUCGGUUCCCUGCCAGCUGGUCCAGUUGAUUAUUCUCUUCGAGCAUUCACGGAUUUAACUCUGGAGCCUUAG